UAAAUAGAAAGUGAUAUAUAUAACUUGGAAAGAAGAUGCUUUUAGAGCCUAAAAAUUAGUGCUUUGGAGGAUUUUUUUUUUCACGGAUUCUGUCUUACUGUGCCUUUGCAUUUUUUUAUUCGUUUAGACAGGAAGCCUAAGCUUUUAACUCAUUUGCUGUCUAGACAAACGAAAACAGCAGGGACUUGGGUGGGCUGCAUGGAGAAGAAACCUACCAAUAUCAUAGAGAUUAAACAGAGUCACUGUGAGGUUUUUCCUUUGUGUAUAUAUGGCAGUCAAAUUAUUGACUCAAUUCUAAUAUCAGUUUCAAGGUGCGUUUGUAUCACAUGUCCAAAAUGAUACUUUUAAAAUAAGGUUGGAAGGUACGAAGUGAUUUUACAGUGUGCGAAGUAUCAGUUUCUAAAGAGCUAAGCAUCUGAUGAGGCUGGGGGUGGUUAGCCUCAGGGAUGUUAAUUGGAAACAGAGGGCUGAGAAUUCAUUGCUAAAUCUUAAUAGCAAAGUCAGUAGUUUUCACUAGAGCAUUUAUGGUAAAUAUUUAGAAAGAUUUGCAUGUGCUGGCUUACUCUAUAUGGUCUUUGCAGCUGUAUUUUACCAUAGAGCAUAUAAAUUCAGCGACAGUCACCAGUGACCAGUCAAACCCUUCCUCUCUUUAGCACCACGCUUGGCACAAGGAGUCACUGCUGUUAAGAAAGUUAGGGUCCAGUUAGAGAAAAAGAAAAAAUGCGUGUCUGAAUUUUAUACUUAAAAUUCUAAAAAGGAGAAGAGACACUAUUCCUGCUUUUGAAGAUAAUGGAGAGACUUUUUAAAAAGACCAUUGAACUGGCAUUUUAACCUGUGCGUCAAACCCAUGGGAAGUCACAGUGAGAAAUCAUUAACUGUAUCCUAUUAAAAUCCUUAAACAAGAGACCUGAACUAGUCUCAUUGAUUGAAAUAUCUUCUCUGUUUCUAAUUCAUUGUUUAUCCUCGUGCUCUCUUGGGGCACUUCUGAGCGAGAGAAGACCAAAUGUGUGUCUGUUCUGCAGUUCUCUAUCAGAGACUGAUCUAAUACUAUCAACUAAUUGUAUUGAGGGCCACAGCUUAGAGUAUGUUGGAGUCGAUUUGCUUUUGUAAAAACCCACUUAUUUAAUUAAACAAGGGAGUAAGAUUUUCUAACUUAUUCCCAGGUCUUGGAAGAGAUGGUAAGAUGCCCCCAGCAUUACCUGAAUUUAUGCUUUAGGAAGCUAACUUACUAGAUACAUUGAAUACCAUCAAAACCAAAGAUGCCUCUGGAUGUAGUAAGUCAUAAUAAAUGAAAAAUAUUUUUAGGGAGCUGGGGGUGGGGAACAUGUCGGACUCCGAGCUCGGCAGGAAGUGGGACCAGUGCAUGGCAGAUGCGGUCGUGAAGAUAGGUGUCGGUUUUGGAUUAAGACUGGUUUUCUCACUUACCUUCUUUAAAAGAAGAAUGUGGCCAUUAGUCUUUGGUUCUGGCAUGGGAUUGGGAAUGGCCUACUCCAACAACUGUCAGCAUGAUUUCCAGGCUCCAUAUCUUCUACACGGAAAAUAUGUCAAAGAGCAGGAGCAGUGACUUCCACCUGAGAACAUCCCAGUGGGAGGAAAAGAGAAAUCAUGUCUAUUCCUCAGGAAUACUGAAGUGCCCUGGAGUCAGCUGACAUUCUUCUGUAGCAAUGUCAUCAGUAAUGCUUUCAACUCCAGCACACUGUUUAUGUAUUUGAAACCAAGUCUGUUUCUUGUUUUGCAUUUCCUCUCUGGAAAUUGCAAGGAGGUGGUCUUAAAAGAAGUAAAUUAAAAGUAGGCAGCCCCCCAGUAAAUUAAAAGUAGGGAGGAUCAUCUAUAAUAUGCAGACAUGAGAGAAUUUGUAUGUCUGUUACGUGUAUGUGUAGAUCUCUAAAAAUUCUUCCUAUGCUCCUCCUUCGUGGCAUGUUCCCAUACACACCCUUCUGUCACUGCCCUUCCCCACCCUGUUCCAUCGUAUUGAAUCAGGGACAUAUCUGCGCUCUGUGUUAAGUCAUAAGUGUUUCUCUUGUCAGAGUCUGCUAGCAUUGUUAUUGCUCCCCGGUGGCACUUCCUGCUCCGUGCAGUGAAAUCUCCUGUACCUGUUGCUCGGAUCAGAAUGAAAAUUUUACAUGGGCGGAGAGACGAUGGUUACGGAGGGAAAGCCUUUGCAGGGAACUUCCAUUUAAAUUAAAUUUUAAAGUAAAACAAGCUUUUCUUUUCUAAGGCACUGAUUUUCAAAAAAUAAUUUAACCAUUGGCGGCAGAGGUUACGUUAUUUUGGGGGUGCUGGAAAGUAUUCAGUAUUCUGAGUGAUGCCACAUACUGAAAACCCAACUCGAGAGCUAGAUUUUGCCAACUCCACUUGUCCUGGCAGAAUACCGAAUUUACCGUGUAUGAGCCCAUGCAGUCAUUGCCUCACCCAUCACUCCACACAGCAAAGAUGCAAAGGGAAUGCUGUGGGGCAGGGGGACUCUAGCCCCUUAAAAGAGUCCUCUCUGCAAUUACCUUACCUGCCAGCCUUCCAGCAAGAUAAAUGGAAGCACUGUAGCUUGAAGGUGCCUUGGUCCGAAUGAGAUGCAGUAAGGUCUCUCUGUUCUUUACAGGCGUCAUAGAUCUGAUAGUACUUAUAAAAGAAGAACAGAGUUGGUGCCCUGCUGACUAAAUUGUCCUCUAGAGGAGUAUUAGUUACAGAGCUUCUUUGUUAACUAGGCUGAAUGUUUAAACCACUGUUGAACUUCUUUUAUUAACAUGUUUUAAGAUAGCUAUACAUAUGGAUACCCUGAGUGUCUGCAGGGCGGGAAUAUUUCUCUAUAAUUUACAUAUAAAAGUUACGUGUAUGUAUAAUAGUAAUAUAGAAAUUAUAUCUUUUUAUUACUCUUCUGUUGCACUGAGGUCUAGUCAGCACUGAAAUUCGGAUGAUAUGUUGAACACUAAGAAAGCCACCGUUUUUAUAUUUUUCUCUUGGUAUUUCCUUGAUCAGCUUGUUGGAUAACAGAAAUGUUUUUCAUGCUUUUGCAGCUUGAAUGAAGCUUUCUUAACACCCAUCCGUGUCACCUGUUCGGCCGUAACUUGGAAUUUUAAGGGGAGGACAGGGAAGGAAUUUACAGGUCGCUCAGAGAAUGUUACAAAUUUCCAAGUAACAAUUUGUUUGUUUGGGUUUCUUAUGAAGAAAGAUUUGCGUAAGAGUAUUUAACUUCAGAUGAUGAUGUUUAAAAAAAAAUUGAAUCUAUGUCAAAGCCUUUUCUAUGUUUAAACCCAUAAGUAGUAUAAUAAAAGAUAAUAGUUUUAUCUCUAGUUAUCUAUUAAAAAUUUGUUUUUCCUGCAACGAAGCAUGAAAAGCCCACUUCUCCCCCCUCCCCGACUGUUUCUUGCCCGACGGACCCCUUGUUUAUUGACGAUGGAUACUUGUUAGGUGUUAGAGAGUGCGUGCACUCAGAGCCCGCCAGCCAUCGUCACGGGGGCUUCCCAGCUUCCUCCACUCCUACAAAGAGAACGCGGCUCUGUCUGGCUCCCAUUCAGUAUUUUCCGGGUGGAUGUAGAUGUGGAGUCGGUCCCUGUUCUUGGCGAAGCUCCUAGGAUUCCUGACAUACAGGGUGUCACCACGUGGUUCGACUGAGGCCUGGCGCUGUCUCAUUUACCCCAAGGAAGAGGCAAAGGCAGUAGACCCCGUACUAGAAAUACUUCAGCUCUGAGUCAGGGGUUAGCAGGCUUUUUCUGGAAGGGCCCGACAGUAGAUAUUUUGGGCUUUGCAGGCCACGGGGUCUCCAUCGGAGUCUCCAUCCUAGCCCCGAAGUGGCCGUGGUCGGUACCUAGAGGGAUGGCGGUGACAGCGUUCGAUAAAACGUUAACAGAUACUGGAAUUCGAAUUUCAAGUAUUUUUCACGUAUCACAUAGUAUUACGCUUGAUUUUUUUUUUUUCCCUCUCAGUCAUUUAACAACAUUUGGUUCGCGGGCAGAGCAAAAACGGGCAGCGUCCAGCUGGAGCGCCCAGGCCAGAGCCGACAACACCUGCUUUGACGAGCCCCGCCCAUGUGUCCCUUUGCAGUUCUGUGAAUUGGUUACAUCCGGUCAGGAGGGGGCUGCGUUGGGAGCAAGUUCUUAAACCCCAACCCCUCUUCCACCCCCCGCACCCAUCCUCGCUCUGAGCCUGCGCCAUGAGGAGUCCGCAGAGAGCCGGGGGUGGGGGGAGGGACGGCUGGAACUGGCCCUGUUUGCUCUCUCAGCAGAUCGACAUGAGUGCACGAGGACACUUCUAAUUUCAGUCUUGUUUCUAGAGAGUCAGAGAAGUGCCUUGAUUUCUGAAGGGUGAAUACUCUCUACGUCGUAUACAGCGUGCCACUUGCUCAAUAACCUUUCUCUCUUUCUGACCCUGCUUCGCAAAAGUUGUGCUCAGUUCCGAAAGUCUGCAUGGAACUGUUGUUGAACCCGGUAAUCCAGUUAAAUACAGCGUUUUACCAGCUGAAUAUGUGCAAAAUCGUGCAACUUGUGGGCCCUGAGUAGAAACGUUUAUAGAUUUUAUCCUCUGAAUUUUGAAAAUACGAUUCAGUUUUCCUCAUUUUAUUUUGGAGAUUCGAUGAUACUUUCUCCAGUGGUGAUAUGUUCAAUCUACCCUGAUACUGUUAUAUUUGUUAUUAUGUUUGUUACUCUAAACCUAGAUGUGAUUCUUAGAUGUUACUCUCCUUAGCAUAAGAAAUUUUUGUUUUUCUGUACCAUUCAUUUUUGUGAGGUUUUUGUAGCUAUUUGAGAAUGUUAUUUUUUAAUUGUUGGCACUUUCGCUGUUAAGAAAGAGAAGCUAGUUAUAUGAUUUAACAGAUGGUUAACAGAGAAACUUUCCAGGAGACUGGGAUCCUCAUCCUGAGUUUGCUUUGUGACAUUUGGGGGUACCCUCAAGACCCAUAACCAGCUAUGCUUUACCUGGUCCCUUUGGUAUUUCUUGGUCUAGAUUCAGUCUACCUCCACCAGUUUUCAAAGCCCUAGUUUUAGAAGUCCCACUAGUAGUAAGCAGUGAGAUAAGCUGAAUGAGUAGAGGGUAUAAAUUAAAAUUAAAUAUGCAUUGUAGACAAUAACAGAACCUGGCAUUUUUGAUCCCAUUCUGCAGCAUUUAGUCCUAGAUCAUCAAGGCAAAUAAUUUUAUACUGCAGCCCAGCCUUUAGAACUCAGCCAGCUCUAGCUCUGGGCCCCACCUCAUCUCCAGACUCUCAGCGACCUGGGAGUGCCUGCUGGUGGGUGACCCAUUCUGGACCCUGGCACCACAGCAGCGAGGAAGGCUGAACUCCAGUCUCUUCCUUUCAUUCUGACCAGGUUGCAGAAGACUCCUCUCUCAACUCUCUUCAUCCUCUUGAGUGGAUGGUUCUGUCCUCAGUGCUGUAACCUUUGACAGUAACUAACUGAGCUGCAGUUUCUGUGUCUGUCAAAUGGUGAUGUUAAUAACUGCCUUACAGGGUGUUAGGAACAAAUCAGAGUUGGCAUUAAAAAUUGUUUGUUUAGCUUAAAGUUGUUAUAAAAAGUAAGGUAUAACAUGAGGACCCAUUUCUGCCAACAUAACCUCAAAGGGAUUUAUUUUCACAGGAUCCUACAAAAGUAUACACAUAACUAUUUUAUCAUAAUGGCACUUACAGUUACUUAAGAUGUAAGCAUUUCUUACCACAAGGUUUGAUUAAAAUUCUGCUGUUCCAUUAGAACGUAAUAGUUUGAAAUUCACAUAGUCCUUCAACGUUGACUCCAAAUAGAAGGAUCCGGAGCUAUAGUUUUCAGUUUAUGGAAAUCAUCAUUUCUUUCAGAUGGUAAAGUCACCAUCGGAAGUGCUGUUUCCUGUAACUCUUGGAACAGGUUUGGGGGACAAGUGCUGGCAGCUUAAAGGAAAGCUGUCAGGUGGUUUUAUGGAAGAGAGCUGUACAGCUUUCUUCACUCUUUAGGGCUGGGCCGGAUCUUAGGGUUCAACUCAUGAGAGACCUCCUGAAAGUCUUCUAAGAACGAGUGGCCAUGCUCUGAAUUUUGGGUAUUAUCUAGAAAAACUUUGUCUCCGAAAGGGGCAUUGUUGCAAUUUUGAAAUACUUUUCUGAUCAGGCAUGGAUCCAAGAGUGUUACUUUAUAAACCUAUUGGUGUU